UGUUCUCCGUCUGUGAAAUGUACAUGUCUAUUUUAUGUACUUGUGCAGUGAAAAUUUUGCCUAUAAAUAUUGCUGUUACGGUACUACUGACUCGACCAAUAAUCUAUUGAAGGUCUCAUAGUGCUAAGAACUGUGACACCGAAGAUUUUAUCAGAACUACGCCCGGAAAUGUUCCGGACAUGGCAAAACUGAGACUUUUGCCCCUGCUUCUGGCUUUAUUCAAUUUGCAAGCAUCGAUUUUUUUGCUACCGAACGCCACAGCCUUGCCGAGUGAACUGAGAUCAAAGGCCAGCUUUCUGAGCGAGUUCAUUGCACAGAGAAAAGAAAUCUUCCCGUUGUCUAGUGAUCUUGACGAGCGGGAACCAAGCUCAACCGCAAGAGAGCGUCAAGCUACCGAGUUCAGCGGGAGGGAACCUCAUGUACGACCAACGCGUCAGCCUAAUCUCGGGAACACAGUUGUGAUUGCUGACUUUUUCCGCAGCUCUGAUGGACAAACGCCUCUGGUAACCAAUUUACCAAUUACUUCUUCUCACAUUCGAGAUAGAAAUUUGUUACCAAUUACUUCACAAACUCGAGAUGAGAACGAAGAAGAAACGAAACUUAUACAAGCGACAUCAUCCAAUUAUGAUUCGAACUAUGUAAAUUCAUCACCAGCUCAGUUAAUCUAUUACAAUAUAAAUCAGACGCUUGUUUCACCCAAAGAUUCGUAUGCAAAAAAUGAAAAUUCCGUAAGCGUCUCUAGUGAAAAAAAUUAUGUUGUCCCAACGCCGCGAAAAAUCAACAUCGACAGUCCAAAUACCCAGCUAUUGAAAUUCGAACCUGAAAACAAAGUGCACUACGUAUAUUUCACCUCGAAUAAUCAAGCUGAAAUUUUUAACUCAUCGCUCGCACAAUCAGCUAAAGUUGAAGAUUCGUUUAAACGCGAUCAAUUAUUUACCCGAACAAGUUUCCCAAAUGAACAAACCAAUCAUGUUCAACAGCUUCUCAGUGCAGAAAAAGUUCUGGAGCUUCUACAGAAAUCUGGACACACAAAUUACUCUCAAACAUCGACGAUGAAACCAAAUUCUAAUUCUGGUCAUCAGAAUUAUGGAUUUUCUUCUGAAUUUCAACUUGUCAAAGAUUCUACUGAUGAGCACACAAAACCAAACCGAGAACCACGACCUCGACCCUCGGGUUUCUUCGGGAUUCUGAUGGAAAGUUUGAGGAAUUUGCCAGUUGUUGGUAACGUUUUGCGUGCACAAGUCGACCCAAUUUACCGCCCUAUCUUGAACAGCCUUCUGCCUGCGGGAGCUCAGAGCAGGCAAUCAAACGAUGAAUUUCACGAAGAACGGCACUGCUUCGGCAAGAUAGGUUGUUUUGAGACUACAAUUGAUUUCUACGACCCCAUCAUCAGACCAAUAAACCUUCCCCCUGACACACGUGAUGCCAUCAACACGCAUUACACUCUCUACACUCGCACACAAACAAAUGGAGUGCCACUUACACGUCGAACAUUGGCACGUAUCACGGAUACAUCUUAUAACCCCACAAAUCCUACUAAGUUCAUCGUUCACGGCUUCCUUGACGACCAAAAUUCGACGUGGAUCAAGGAGAUGGUACGCGGGCUGCUAUACCACGGAGACUACAACGUGUUCACGGUAGAUUGGUCUGGUGGAUCCAGGGUGAUCUACCACCAAGCCGUUACCAACAUCCGCGUUGUAGCACUGGAAGUCGCCGCCCUCAUCAACUCACUCAAGUUCAAGUUGGGACAAGAUCCUGCCAAAGUUCACGUCAUCGGACACUCCUUAGGGUCACAUAUGGCUGGUCACAUCGGGGAGCGAGUAAAGGGCCUUGGUCGGAUCACAGGACUCGACCCUGCAGAGCCUUUCUUCCAGCACAUGCCAGCCUCUGUACGUCUGGACCCCAGCGACGCCUCCUUUGUCGAUGUCAUCCACACAGACACCGACUCCAUCAUCACGCUCGCCUGGCAGUUUGCAGGGUACGGCCUAGAGCAGCCCAUCGGCCACGUAGAUUUUUACCCCAACGGAGGACGCGUUCAACCGGGCUGUUCUUCCUUGUCCAGAAUAGCGCUCACCGCGCUUAGGGACGGAACCGGUAUCAUUGAAGGCCUUGACGCGGCGGAGAAGGAGGCCGUGGCCUGCAACCACAUACGGGCGAGCAAACUUUUCACCGCCUCACUGCUUGGCUCCUGCUCCUUCAUGGCCUUCCCUUGCGAGUCGUACGACGAAUUUGAGAAAGCCAAGUGCUUCUCUUGCAACACCGAAUUAGGUUGCUCUCCAUUAGGCAUCCAUGCUGACUCAUGGCAGCCGAAAGGCCGGGAAAACGUCAAAAUGUUCCUAUCGACGUCAGCUGGACCUGACUUCUGUCAAUACCACUACCGCCUGACGGUAUCCUUGGCCGAUGAGAGACGUCAGGGAGGCGCCUUGAGGGGCAGACUCAAAGUUACGUUCAUCACCCCUGCUGGCGAGCUCCGGGACUUCCAUCUCACAGAGAAAUCGCCGUUGAAUUUCCGACGCGGUAGCUCUCGUACGUUCUUGUUACGUCACGGAGAAGAUCUGAGUGGGUCUGUGGACGCGCUCGUGAGCUGGCACUUCGAGCCUGACGUCUUCAACCCACUGACGUUCUGCGUGCUUUUCUGCACUCCUGAACUCGAACUCUCCACCAUCACCCUCACCCCUCUCGACACCCCAUCCGUUGCCGACAACUCCGCGUCGAAGAAGGAACAAGAUUCAACAGACAUCGUGAUGUGCCACAAGCAAGGCCAGCCCGUCAUUAAAUUGGACAGCGAGAAGACGAUCAAGAUUUCUGCGGAACCUUUCUGUCCGGAACUGCGGAGAAAGCAUAAUAAAAUUGAGGCGGAAAACCUGAGGUCUGGGUCCUUGCUUUUCAGUGGUGAUGUCCCCAUCGUCGACUGAUCAUAGAACGGGUGGCUAUUAUUUUUAUAAUGAUUAAUCAAUUAGUUCUGUGUGAUGGAUUCGUAUUCAUCAUCGAUAUAAACUAUUUAUUAUUAAAAAUGUAGUUUCCAUUCACUACAUAUCAAUGUAUGUGAACGUAUGACUAAUGAUUUUAUUGAACAGUUUAGAACCAUCGUCGACUAAACACAAUAAAGUAUGAAUACUUUUUCAAUGCCUCCGCGAUUUUUUUCCUCUUCAUCGAAACGUUUCAAAUUAGCAUAAAUUUCGUAAUGUCGACUCGUCUCAUUAUAUGUUUCGUCCAUAUGUUUUUAUAAUAUACACAAUUUCUCGAGUAUUAUUAAAUGAAUGUUUAUUUCAUAUUUUAACGCUAAGUCUUAUUAUUUUAAACACAAGUUUGAGUUAUCUUUCAGCCCGACGAGUCUCUGACUAUAUAUAAUCAUGUUACAGCAUUUGACUUCCAAUUUCACCAAAUUUUAGGAGUAAUUCUGAUCUCUUGAGAGGUUGAUUCGUUUUACACUUAACUCAAUGCAAAUUAGAUGAAAAUUGAAUAAUUUAUAAGUCUUCCAAUGCUUAAUGGUUUUAUUUCAUACGCUGACUGGGUGUAUUUUUGACGUGACGAAUAAUUAACAUAAGAAACGAAACCUGACAGUCACGUUUUCGACCGACCUCUACGUAUGCUAUCUGAACGAUUUAAAAUGUAUUCUUGUAUAGAAUACAUUUUGUACACAAUCACCCAAGGGCAUGUUGAAAAUGUGCUUAAACCUUCAUGUGUCUCCGAUAAUUGUUCUCUAUAAUGUUUUAUAUCCUGAUUUUUACUAAUUUAUUUAGAUCAUUUUCGACUCCUGGAAUUCUAUUGAUGUUGCGCAAGUCAACUAUUAUGAGGCUAGUCCACAGCGCUGUAAGUAUAGUACAUUGCCCAUAAUAAAAAUAUACUAUCUAUUGGUAAGAUGAAAAUUACGAAAUUUAGGACUAGUGAUUUUCUUGUACUGUGAAUCGAGGAAAAAACUAUUCCAUUUUCAUGCAUUUACAAAUAAGUGGAAUUAUAUACUUGUAUUUUAUUCUCGAGGUCACAACUUCAGAAUCUUUGAGAAAAAAAAAUUUGAACUGAUAUAUUUUAUAGUGAAACGGUAUUAAACAUCAUGUUCAGAAGCUAAAGAUUUUGUAUCAAUAAAUUCAUAUAUCCGUCAUAUAUGUCCUAUAUAUGCAGCGCGUGAUGAAUUUCAGUUAUAGCUUCAGUGUAUAUAAUAUAUAGGCUCGACAUUGUUAAGUUUUAAUAAUAUUUCAUUAGCACAUUUUUCAGUUACUGUCCCUUCUCCUUAUAAUGAAACAUUUAUGAAGAAAUGAUUCCAUAAGUUAUUCGCAUCUAUGUGCGGUCAUGUCAACCAUUACUUCUAUGCAUUCCUGAUGUAUUAAAUUACCAAAGCUUGUUCGUUUGAUUUGAAAUGCAGUUACAUCGUCAACUUUAUUCAAAGGAAACUAUAAAGUUGUCGACGGCAACCAUUCCAAAUAAUUAUUGGCGUAAAUUCUGUCGAAGAAGUUAACGUCAUUUUGUUAAGGAAAUAAAAAAUAGAGUAUAGCUGCACAUUUUCUAUGAAAAUAUUGGCUGAAUUGUGUAACUAUUGUGCCUUUCCUCAAUGGUUAUAUUAUAUACUUAUUAUAUACUUAUUAUAUACUUAAUAUACUCGUACUUCGGCCAAUGCAACGGUAGUCUUGUAGCUGAAAUAACUUGCCACUUAUAAUUAAAAUUAUCAAUGUUUUAAGAACGAAAUACUCUUAAUUCGUCCACGUCAAAGAAAAAUAAAUGUAUAGCAUUGGUGAAUAUAUUUAGGUCAUGCUAACAUAAAACAGAUCAGCACAAUGCAUCA